CGUUGGACUGGUUUGGGCUUUUCGAUUGCAAUGGCGGCUCGUGCGUCUGGUGGUUCCAAAUUGCAUUGCUGCGUACCGUUGUGUAAUGGCGAUAGCCGUUACUCACCAGACUUAUCGUUCCACUCUUUCCCCAAAAAUGAAGAGAGCGUGGAUUCACAGUAUUCGUCGCGAUCCUGGUAAACAUUUUCAAAUUACACCAAGCACGCGAGUUUGUGGCAACCAUUUCAGACCCGAAGACAUAUAUGAGACGCCUUCUGGUCGACGCCGUUUGCACCACAACUCAGUUCCAUCAAAAUUUAGUUGGACAAAGUUAAUUGCAGAGAGACCACUGCCAAACAGACUGAGAACCACUGAUGAUGCCACUGUACCAAGCAGUCGGACCAGCAGUCUGAGUUUUAAUCACAUUAAUCCUACUCAAGUGGAUCACAACUACUGCAUUGUAGUGAAAACAGCUGAAGAAAAACUUGAGCAAGCUUUAAAAGAAAUUGAGAAUUUAAAAACUCAAGUUUCAAAGCUGUCAAUAUCUAAAUUCGGUAUGGAACGUUUCAAGGCGUCAAGCUCCAUGAUUAAAUAUUAUACUGGCUUUAGUUCCUAUUGUUUAUUGAUUGACUUUUUCCACAUAUUGUUGGACUGUGCUAACUCUUUAACACUAUGGUCUGCUGUAAGCGAAGAAGUUUAUAAUGGAAGUAGCGAUUUUUUAGACCACCCUUGUAAGAAGCGAUCGCUUCCACUGGCUGAUGAACUAUUUUUAUUUUUGUGUCGUCUGAGACAGGGCUUUGAUGAGAUCCAUCUUAGUGAUGUUUUUUGCAUAUCACAGUCCACUGUCUCUCGGAUAGUUAUCACAUGGGCUAAUUUUCUUUAUUUUACCUUGGCAUCUAUCCCAAUUUGUGAGCAGGUUUAUGAAAAUAUGCCACAGUGUUUUAAAAACCAAGGUUAUGGAUCUACACGCAUAGUCCUUGACUGUUGUGAAAUUUUAUGCCAGUCACCAUCUUCACUCAUGCUCCAAAGUGAGUUUUUUUCAUUUUAUAAAAACCAUACAACAUUAAAAUGUUUAUUGGGUAUUGCUCCCCAUGGUCCAAUAACUUUUGUCAGUUUAUUAUUUUGCGGUAGCAUAUCAGACAGUGAAAUAACCCGGAGAUCUGGAAUUUUGAGUUUGCUUGAAAGAGGGGAUUCCGUAAUGUGCGACAAAGGAUUUGCCAUCAGGAGUCUCUUGGAAGUGAAAGGUGUGGGUCUAAAUAUUCCUCCAUUCAACUUUAACGGGCGGUUCACAUAUGAGGAGGCAUUGCGGUCCAGCAAGAUUGCUUCACUUAGAGUCCACGUAGAACGAGCAAUCAGAAGGGUGAAAGAAUAUCAGUUAUUCGAAGGCAGAAUACCACUGAGUAUAUGCUAG